GCGCGCGUGUGUGCGCGCCUGCCACUUGCCUCCGAGCCUGGCUCCGCCGUUCGUCGCACUUUUUUCUUUCUUUCUUUCUCGAUUCGGAUUCGGGGAAGGAGCGAGGGAAGGAAAGGAGGGCGCCUCCGCCGCCACCCGCGCGUCUCCGCCCGGCGCCCGCGGGGACAGAGCCUCCUCGCGUGGGAAGGGCUCCGGGGGGCGCCGCUCAGCCGCGGGCGCCCCUGCCCGGCUGCUUCGCUCGCUCGCUCGGCCGGGGGCAGCUCCGCUCCUCCCGGGCAGCCGCGAUGUCGGAGGUGCGGCUGAACCCCCGCGGGGAGUCGGGCGAGGGGGCGCCGCUGGCCUUCGCCUGCCGCCUGCAGGAGACCAGCAGCUUCGGGGCGGGGGGCGCCGGCAAGCGAGCCCCCAAGCUGGCCCAGAUCGGCCGCAGCAAGUGCGUCGUUAUUGAGGAUGAUCGAAUUGACGACGUGCUGAAAAACAUUUCAGAAAAGCCACCUCCACGGGUCUAAAAAUAUUUGUAUGUACAUAUAUAUAUUCAUGCCUCGCCAGAGACACUGAGUUAAAAAAAUGAGGGGCACAAAAUAAUUCACCUUUCAGCAGAGGAAUGGGAAAAAUUAUUCAUUUUUUUUUUACAAAAAAUGAAGAGAGGAAGAACUUUUUUGGGCACAAAAAGAGGCAAAAAGUGAUGGCAGUUUUUGAAGUCCUUCAGUUGGGAUCCAAUUCGAGAUGCCUUUUAAAGAGCCGCUGAGAGGCUGAACGGAAGCCUUUUAUUCCUCCCCCCCCCUUCCAGAAAGUAUAGUUUUCUAAGUUGGACUUUUAAAGUCUUCUGAAAAGAGAAAUAAUUGGGGUGGAGGGCAGAGAGUGUCUGGGAGUUCUUGUUUACAUGAUGACACCUUGCAAAAAUAUUCCAGCAGCUUGCAUGUAACAUGGUCUGUACUUUCUAUUUUUAAAAUAUAUAUAUAUAUCUUGGAUUUUGCGAAGGUAAAAGAGGGACACACACACACACACACAUAAACACACCGUAUUUGAUUCUGGUUGCCUUUUGAAGUCUCUGGAAUGUAAGGAACUUUUUUAAGGGAAAGUUUGAAGCAGGAAGAAGGUUAUCUUUAUUUCCCCAAAACUGGUAUUUGACAUUUGCGGCAAUGCUCAGUCACUCAGGUGCAAAUAGAGGUGUAAUUUCAUGAGGAAAAAGGAAGGAAUGUUUUUUAAAAGUACUUGCCAUGCUUUUUUACAUGUUUCCUAGCAAAUGAAAGCUUGUGUUGAACAAUCUUUGCUUUUUAAAAAUACCUUACUGUAAAGUCAAUUCUCUUUGUUACUGUGCAAUUAAAUGAACAAAUGAAAUGUGCAUACACAUAUACCAUAAUCCUGUCAGAAGAGUGCCAAAUAUUUUCCAAAAUACAAAAUACUUACUUUUCUGUUUUCUCUGUAGGGAUUUCGUGUCUAUGCGAAGUUGCUUUUUUGUACUUAAGUAAUUCUUGCCUCUCUGAGGACUUUUUCUAUGGACCUGGUUGAUCAGUGCAUAAAGAAUUAUUUCUUGAUGCCGACUUUUGCUUUGGUUUGGUUUACUUCUUUUUUUUUUUUUACUGAUUCAAGUCUGACUGUUUUAAAAACAAUUGCAUGACAUGCAAAGAAUUACAAAGGGCUGCCUUGCUUUCAGAUUGUUUAUCAUUCUCUUUGGCUGAAUUUUGCAACAAUGUCCUAAAAGGCUGUUUGCUUCUUUUUCUACACACUAUGUGUAUCUUGCACAAGAAUGUUUCUGCAAUGGAUAAUAAAUUAUUGUGACUAA